AUGACGACCACCAAUAAACAACACAACGUCUACUCUCUCGCGUACCACGGCUCUGAAAGUAGCAUGCACGACGAGCGAUUUGAAUUUGCACAGAUUAAAAAUCUCUCAAAGACUGCUCUUGAGGGGCCAAGUACCAAUUUCAAGCCAGAAGAAUGGCUUUCUAUGGAGGAAAUCCGCACAUGGGCAUCUGGUAAGAUAAUGAAAAUAACCAAAAAUAAUCACAGCAGGCUCUAUAAGACUAUCGACAAUCCAUACGAGAUCCGUGUGCUUGAGAUUAAGCCGGGGCGCGAUAAUGAAAAGCUGCGCGGUUCUUUGCAUCAUUGCUCAGUCGAGUUUGAGUACGAGACUGCUGUGGACCAGUUUGAAGUUCACAGGACGGCAUUCACAAGGCAUGCGCUUUCUGUGGAGAACCUAAUAGCCCCAAUUUGGUACACAGCACUAAGCUAUACCUGGGGCUCAUCUAGUAUGGAUGGAAGUAUUGAAUGUGAUGGGCACGAGAAAGCGAUCACAACUUCCCUCGAGAUAGCACUGCGGAACAUGCGGAAGGAAGAUCAUCCAAUCGUCAUGUGGAUUGAUCAGAUUUCUAUAAAUCAAGAAGAUAAUAAAGAAAAAGAAAUGCAGAUUCCGUUGAUGGCAAGAAUUUAUAAGCAUGCAUUUAACACGGUGAUCUGGCUAGGGCGAAGCGAGCCAACUUCCGACUCUCCAAUACAGCUCCUCAAAGAUAUCAAUGUCAAAUUGCUGUUUAUUCAAUUAAAAACUGCCCCCGAAAAUCUCGAGAGAAUGCAACUACCAAGAUCCGACCCGAAGAUCUGGCAUGCUCUCUGGAAAUACCUCUCGCACCCAUGGUUUACGCGGCUCUGGAUUAUUCAAGAGGUCAUGCUCUCUGACAACCCAUGGAUUAUGUGUGGUGACGAGCUACUUUUGUGGAACGAAUUCUCAACAGCUGUGAACCACCUGUUCAUUUGUGGAAUAUUUCAAUGGCUACAGCUUAAAUUUGCGAACGUUGAGGAUUCAAGUGAAGUAAGUGAUAUCUGCCAAACCAUAUUAGGGCUGGCUAGUCAACGCGAACAUUAUCGAAGCGCUGGCUAUGGGACACAUAUCUUUGAUAAUCUUGUAAGCACUCGAGGUGGUCAAUGUUAUGACCCACGAGAUAAGAUUUAUGGGCUUCUUGGGCUAUGCAGUGAUGCAGACGAGUUUCACGUCAGUUACACGGAUUUUACAGUAAACCAACUUUACCACGACGUAGCAAUCAACUCUUUGACCAAAGACAUACAAGUUUUAACUCCAAGCCUUGUUUUCAAAUCCAUAGACCAUGAGUAUCUCGAUCUACCCUCCUGGGUGCCUGACUGGAGAAAGCGUCGACAAACGAAUGAACUUGGGACUUACAAUGCCUGCGGAUCCUUCAAGUUCAAAUUGAAUAAAGUAUAUGUCAAAAUCAACAAUGAAUCUAGAAAUGAGCUUCAAACACGAGGUGUUUCAUUUGACUCUCUGACAAGAACGAGCGCAACGAUUACACAUCCCGACCUCACUUAUCUCAACCCACACAACGGCAACAAAAGUCUCUUGGAACUCUGGAGUUUCGUCUCGAAACUAAAACAUUAUCCGACUUCUCAUACAGUCUUUCACGCUUUUUGGCAAACCCUCGUAGGCAGUAAAAUCGACUCUGGAAAACUCCCAUGCCCAGAUUCCUUCGCUGAAAUAAUAAGUCUUCUCCUCGAUGCCUCCACGAGCCAGUCUCCAUCGCUGGCAGGCCAAACCUGUUCUCUGCGACAGAAAAGACCCCCCCGGAAAGGGCAGGCUCGAACUAGCUAA